CGUUCGAAUCGCCCAAUGGUGGAGCCGCGGGCGGCGCGGCGGCGGCGGCGGCCCGGGCCGUGCGGCCGCGCCUCCUGCCCCUGGUGCGGGCACCCGCCCCAGACCUCGCUCCAUGGCCGCGCCGCCGCCUCCCGCCGCUCCCCCGCCGCCGAGGGCGAGCUGAGGUGGCCGCGGACCCCGCGCGGGGCCACCUGGUGUGUCUCAUCCCUCAAUGAGGAAUCGACUACAACCUCUGGACCAAACACAGUGUCCAAAAAACUCAAAAGCUUGAGAGUGACUCAGAAGCAGAAACCAAGAAAAGGGGAUGGUGUGCGAGCCGUCCGGGUGAAAACUAAGGCCCCAUGGAUGCCCCCAGGCAAAGCACGUGCCCGUGAUACCACCUUGAAAUGGGAGGAAUCAAGUCAACGCCUCGAAGUCACACCAGAUUCCGAAAGAAUGCAGUCGGUGCUGCGCCUGAGCGACCUCUCCACGGAUGACGACGAUGCCGCUUGCUCCCAAAUGAACAAGUAUGAAAAGAAGAUAGACAGCCUGAUGAACAUGGUGGGAACGCUGAAGAAAGAGGUCAAGCUGCAGAAAAUGGAGGAACAGGAGCAAAUGACAAAGCGUCUCCUGGAGGAGCAGAAGGAAGAACUGAACGAGGUCACACAAGAACUGGUGGAAACAGAACACGAGAACACACGGCUCAGGCGCAACAUCGAGCGCAUAAAGGAGGAGAAGGACCUGACUCUGCUACAGAAAGAAUGCUUGCAGCAGGAGAAGGAGUGUUUGAUGUCCAAGCUGAGUGAUGCAGAAAGGGAUGGAGCAGCAGCUGCCAGGCAGAUCCAUGCCCUGAAAAAUACCAUUGGGAGACUCAACAUUGAGAAACACAUGAGCACCACUGACAUUAGUGCUCUGACGAGACAAAAAGAACUUCUGCUCCAGAAGUUGAGCACCUUUGAAGAAACCAACCGGACACUCCGAGAGCUCCUGGCAGAGCAGCAGAACCGGGAGAAAGAGAACCAGAAGAUCCUGGAUCGACAAGCAGUGCUGCUGAAAAGGCUGGCUGAGUCAGAUGCAGAGAACAUGCAACUUCAAAUCAAGCUUCAGGAGAAAGAAAAAGAAGUGGACAGCCUCACCCUUCAGAUACAGGCAGAAAAGGAUCAGGCAAGGAAAGUAGCUGAACUCUCCAAAACUUUGGAGAAUGUGAAAGCCCAUUUUCAAGCCCAGCUGCGAAGCAAAGAAUCUGAGAACAACCGUCUGAUUACACAUCUCCGGAAUCUGGAGCGCAAUGAAGCUCAGCUUAGGGCAGAUUUGGAACUUGUCAUGGACCAGCUGAAAGAGCUGAGGAAUAAGGGAGAUGCUGAUAAGGAGGCCCUGAAGAAAGCUGUCCGUGCACAGAAGGAGAGGGCGGAGCGGAGUGAGGAGUAUGUGCAGAAACUCACUGCCCAGCUGGCAGAAAAGGACAACUGUAUUGCUGAGGCCCGGUCCAAUCUCGAGUCCUGGAGGAAUCGCUGCAACAAAGCAGUAAAGGACAAGGGUGACCUCGAAAUGGAAGUUGUUGGACUGAACAGCCGUGUUGCAGACUUGAUGGAACAGCUGGCAAAGCUGGAGGAAAAAAUGCGGGAUGACAGACAAAAUUUGAUGGAUAAACUGCAUCAACAGGCUGGAGAGGCCAAUUCUUUAAGAAAGGAUAAUGAAAGACUAAAGGCUGCUCUUGGCCCAAUGGAGGACAAAUUGAACCAAGCGCAGAUGGAAGUGCAGCAGCUCCAGAACGCUGUCAGGAACUACGAGGGGAUGAUUGAAUCCUACAAAGCACAGGCAUUGAAGGCCCGAGAGGAAGCGGAUGAACUGGCAGCAAGACUGGAGAGGGCUGAAAAAGAGAGAAAGGCAAUAAGGGACGAAAUGACUCAGGAGCUUGAACAGACACGGAAGAAGUUCCAGAGCCAGCUUGCUGAACUGGAGAAGCUGCCUGAGAUCCUGAAGUACACGGAGACACAGCUGGCGCAAUGUCACGAGCAGCUCCAGAGUUAUGAGAAGAAGAACACGGACCUGUGUGCCAUGAUUGCAGAUCUCCGUCAGCUGAUUGAGCUCCAGGGGGACAAAAUGGAGAUGACAAGAGAGAGAUAUCAGUCUGCCCAGGAGGAGAAAAAGCAACUCACCUUGAAGGUGGAGGAGCUAGAAAGAAAACUAGAGACCACGAAUGCCCAGAACAUAGAAUUCCUUCAGGUCAUAGCAAAGCGUGAGGAGUCGAUCCACCAGUGCCAGCUGCGGUUGGAGGAAAAGACCCGGGAGUGCAGCUCCUUGGCACGGCAGCUGGAGAUGGCCAUUGAUGAUGCCAAGAAACAAGUGGAACAAACUCGAGAACGAGCAAUCUCUAGAGAGAGGGCAGCCCAGUCCAAGCUUUUGGAUUUGGAGACCCAGCUGAGUCGGACUAAAACAGACCUGAACCAGUUGCGUCGGAGCAAAGAGGAUGCCCAGCGCCGGUACGAAAGCCGCCUCCAGGACCUGAAGGAUCGGCUGGAGCAGUCGGAGAGCACCAACCGGAGCAUGCAGAACUAUGUCCAGUUCCUCAAGUCUUCCUAUGACAACGUUUUUAGGGAAGGUGCCGUGCUGAGCUUCCCCGGCCGCUCUCGCUCUCCUCUCUGAGGGCAACGCUCCCCUUGCACCUCUUCCAAGCACAGAAGGAAUGUUGUUUCAAAGCCAUAUUGAGACAGAAAUCAGGAUAGCAUUCCAGGGUCACUGUCAGGAGACCUUCUCCUAGCAGCGUGAGACAAUAUAAUGAUGAUGGCACCUGACCAAAACGGGGGGUAUCAGCAAUACCAGUUUGGCAUUGGAGGUUGGUGUUACACCAUCAACUGAGCCCCAAAACCAAGUGGUUUUGCAGAAGAUGGAAAAGAUCAUUUUCAUCCUGUAAGGAACUGAUGCUUUCAGCUCUUGAAACCUGUCAGAGAUUUGUUGAGCAUGUUAAUUUUUAUAAGAGCUCUUUUUGUACUUCACUUUUCAUUCGAUUUCUCUGUUGGGAAGAUCAUGUGGGGGUGAUGUGGGGAAUUUUGUUUGUGGGGUUUUUUUAAUCUGUUUUUUUGAACUAUUGAACACUGUAUUGAUACAUUGGAUGAUGGGCUGGUGGGAGAGGUUCCACCCACCAGAGGUGUGAAGCUGAAAAUAACUGAGGUGCCUGGGCUCCACACGCACAAGAGAUUAUCUCCUGCACAGCCACAGUGUUCGUAACAGUUUUAUACCAGAAAUAAUGAUUUUGGUUUGGUUUUUUAAACUUGAUUCUUAUAUACUCCCUGAUACUUACCUUUAUUUCUGAGUGUGAUGCUAAUGUUGCUUUGCUCCUCUCACUCUGAUUUUCUGAUCCUGAUUAUCACAGAAUCUCAGAAUCCCCAGAACUGAGCCAAAACAAUCUGAAUUUGAAGGAAAGAUUGUGGUUUAACCUCAGCAUCACUUCAGUUGGAGUCUUGGUGGGAAUGUCACUCAUAGUCAGGAUGUGCAUGAAAUCCUGACUUGGUUUUAAGCCAAUUAAGGAGCAGCUGCAGAUACUCAACUUUAUCACAUUUGCCUGAACCUUCUCCUGGAAAAUCAGGUCUUUGGUGUGUCAAAUCUCUAAAAUCCGUGUGCUCUCUAGUGCCCUGUUGUUUCCACUAAACGGUUCUUAUGGGGGCAAAAGUAAACCUUGUUUUUAUGUUUCUCUCUUUCAUAUCCUAUUUAUGUGCAAUGUGAUGUGGUCAUUGGCACUGUUUUGUCAUAAAACUUUCCUAAAUGAAUCAUUUUUUUGCGAGAUCUGUAAUUGUGUGUUUAACACUUUAAAAAUCCCAAAGGUGCUAUGGUAAAACAAUAAACUAGAUUUUUAACUGGUUUAAUAGAUUUU